AUGUGCAGUCUCUAUAUUUUCAUCAUAUUGCUAAAUCUCCUCGUUUUCGACGAUGUAACACUAGCUGUUUCAUUCAAUCAACCGAAUCUAUCCUCGAGAGCAACUUGGAACCGUAAUGGGAUCAUUUUUGCGAGCCAGCCAAUUGUUGGCGAAAAUGUCAAAGCCAUUUUUAUCGAUACAAACAAUUCAAUCUACGUCGUCAAUCAACAGCAGAAAAAGAUUCUAAUUUGGCAAAACAGUAGUCUCACACCAACAAAAACUAUCGAAGGAGAUUUCUCACUUACUACGCCGGUAUUUGUGACGCCAAACGGUGAUAUCUAUCUCGAUGACGGAUUAAAACGCAAAGAAGUAAUCAAAUGGAAAGCAGAGGCAGGGAGAUUUGAGGUUGUUAUGAAAGUGGGAUCGCAAUGCUUCGGUCUAUUUAUCGAUAUUAAAAAUAAUCUGUACUGUUCAUCAUACUUAAUUCACAAAGUGCUGAAAGGAGACUUAAGUAAGCCCUCGUUGAAUCCGAUCGUUAUCGCCGGAACGGGUUAUCCAGGAUCUGAUUCUCAUGAGCUUUACGCACCUUUUGGAAUCUUUGUCGAUGUGAAUUUGAAUCUAUAUGUCGCCGAUAGCAGUAAUCAUAGAGUUCAGUUAUUUCUAUUUGGAGAAACCAAUGCUAUCACCGUUGCAGGAAACGGCUCCUAUCGCUUCACUGUUCUACUCAACUAUCCCACUGCAGUUAUAUUGGAUGUGAACAAAUACUUAUUGAUUGUAGAUUCAGAUAAUAAUCGAAUCGUUGGAGAAAGUCCACAUGGUUUCCGAUGUUUAGCCGGAUGCUAUGGGCAAGGCAAUCAAUCGAACCAGUUACAUUUCCCUACUACUUUCAGUUUCGAUAGUUUCGGUAAUAUGUUUGUUGCUGAUCACGGAAAUAGUCGUGUAAUAGUAUUCUAUCUUAUGAAUAACUUCUCUGCUGUUUCAUUCAAUGAGCCGCGACUCUGCUUAAGCGCAACGUGGAAUCAUGAUGCAAUCACUUUUGCUAACCAAUCGAUUGUAGGCGAAUGGCCUGCAGCCUUUUUCAUCGACAAAGACAACUCAAUCUACGUUAUAAAUCAGUUAGAAGAAAAGAUGUUUGUAUGGUACAAUAGUAGUCACAGUCCAUCAACUGUCAUUGCGAGCAACUUCUCAAGUUCGCAAUCCAUGUUUGUAAUGUCAAAUGGUGACAUAUAUAUUGCUGGUGACUUAAGGAACAUGAAAGUGACCAAAUGGAUAUCGGACACAAAAAGAUUCGAAACUGUCAUGGAAGCAAAAUCGCCAUGCUACGGUCUAUUUAUCGAUAUCGAGAACAACAUGUACUGUUUAUUUACCGAUGAACACCGUGUGGAGAAAAUAAAUUUGAACAAUUAUCCGAUGACAGCAACAGUUGUUGCUGGAACAGGUCAUAUGGGAUCUACUGCUUAUACACUCAAUCGACCUAGCAAAGUUUUUGUUGAUGUGAAUCUGGAUCUGUUUGUAGCAGAUUGCUUCAAUCAUCGAGUGCAGUUGUUUUCGGUAGGGAAAAAGCAGGCCAUAACUGUUGUGGGAGAUACAUCUCUUCGUGCUACUUUUUCGUUGCGACUUCCCAAUGGAAUUAUAUUGGAUGGAAAUAAAUACUUGUUUAUUGCCGAUUCAGGUAAUAAGCGAAUUGUUGGAGAGAGUUCGUACGGUUUUCGAUGUUUGGCCGGAUGUUACGGACAAAGUAGCCCCUCGAAUCAAUUAAAUUUUCCAACUGUUAUCAGUUUUGAUCGAUCUGGCGACAUGUUUGUUGUCGACGAGCGAAAUAAUCGCAUCCAAAAAUUUCCUCUCAAAGAUUCUUGCCAUUCUACAUAUAAUCAACCGAGAUUUUGCUCGAUGUCUGUUUGGAAUCGGAAUGGAGUGACAUUUGCUAAUCAAUCGAUAGUUGGUGAAAAUCCUUCGGCGAUUUUCAUCAGCGGAAAAGAUUCGAUUUAUACGAUUAAUCAAGAGAAGAAACAAAUUUUAAUUUGGCACUCGAAUGAAGUCGUGUCGCCGUCAAUUAUUCCUACUGAAUUCCACAACUCAUCAUCUAUUUUUGUUUUACCAACUGGUGAUAUUUUCAUUGAUGAUGGAGCAGUAAAAAGUCAUCUACAAAAGUACGUUUUCGAUCAACAGAUAUUCGUCAAUGCAAUGAAUGUUUUCUCGUCUUGCUUUGGUUUAUUUGUGGAUACAAAGGAUUAUGUGUACUGUUCGAUGCCGGAGCAUCAUCAAGUCACUAAAAGAGACUUUCAUGACCCCGUCAUGAUGCUAAUUGUUAUAGCUGGGACAGGUGAUCGAGGAGCGACUUCCACUAAACUGAAUCGACCUCACGGAAUUUUUGUUGAUAUGAAACUCGAUUUAUACGUAGCAGAUUGCGGAAACGAUCGGAUUCAAAAAUUCUCGCCAGGAGAGAUAUCUGGAUACACAGUAGUGGGUGGAGCGUCAAAACGAUACAAAUAUUCGCUUUCGUGUCCAACUUCGAUUACAAUGGACUCGCAACAGUUUUUAUUUAUUGUCGAUUCGAAUCAUCAUCGUGUUAUCCGAGCAGGAUCGAAUAGUGUUCGUUGUGUUAUUGGAUGUGAUGGAAUCAAUAUUAAAUCCACUGAAUUAGCGUUUCCAUCCAAUCUUGCAUUCGAUAGUCUUGGAAAUAUGUUUGUUGUGGACACAGCGAAUAGUCGAAUACAAAAAUUUCACUAUUCAAAGAAUUCGUGUAAUAUGUCAGCAGUCUUUGAAUGGAAAAAGUCAUCGAAACUGACUGAGGACAGUCAAAUUUAUUCUCGAAAUUGUGACUGGAGGAACUAUCAUUACGAAGCAUUUGAAGUGAAUGUUCCCGAACAUCGGUACUACACAAUAUACAGUAGUGGUUCUAUUAAUACAUAUGCUUCUAUCUAUGAAAAUAAGUUCGAUCCACUUAAUCCAUCUGAAAAUCUUCUUAUCAACAAUGAUAAUGGUACAUCCAAUGAUCAAUUCAAAUUUGAACUUCCUCUUUAUGACGACACAACGUAUGUAUUAGUUGUGACUACAUCGAAUCCAAUGGUCAUCGGCGAUGUUACAAUUCAUAUAUUGGGCUUAAUAGAUACGACUGUCAAACGUUUGACCAGCCCAAUUCAUAUUCUCUUCAAUCGUUCAUCGGAACUGACAAAAAACAGUCCAAUGUACUAUCGAGAUUGUCAUAUACCAAAGUGUUAUUAUGAAACUUACGAAAUUCGUGUUAAUACAAAUGGAUCUUACAUUAUUUGGAGUGUAAGUGAAAUGCAUACGUAUGGUUAUAUCUAUCAAAAUAACUUCGAUCCUCUCAGACCAUCCAGUAAUCAACUCUUUGAACAUAAUGGGACGUGUAAUCAAGAGCAGCUCAAAUUUAUUGUUGAUUUACAAAUUAACACUCGAUAUAUAUUAGUCGUUACCACUUUUCAUUCAUACACAACAGGCAGAUACUCUCUUUUUAUAUCUGGAUUGGAUAAGACCAACGUUACCGUCGUUCGUUCCAAUCCAAAACUUAAAUAUUGUGUCAUUGGUGAUCAAUGUACACUUCAUUAUAAAAGUAUUGGUUUGACUUUGGAUGAUAUCUUAUAUGAAGAACUUCGCAAAAAUUCGACCUUGAGCGAACAAAUCUUUUCAGUGAAACUAACAGCCGCCCUGACAAUUCUCAUGUUUAUUGGAGGUCUGAUUAACAGUUUAUUCUCUUUUACCACAUUUCAAAAUAAAGAAACACAAAAAGUGGGAUGUGGAUUAUAUCUUCUCAUAUCAUCAAUUACUUCAUUUCUCACGGUGGUUAUGUUCGUUAUUAAAUAUUGGUUUGUGCUACUGACUCAGAUCAAUGAUGUCACAAGUGUGUCUAUUCAUAGGGGUGGUUGUAAAUCAAUUGAACCUAUUCUCAAGCUAUUUCUAUAUUUUGAUGGUUGGUUGAACGGUUGUGUCGCUGUUGAACGAGCCUUUCAUAUUUUCAAAGGAGUUACCUUUGACAAACGGAAAAGCAAAGUUGUCGCUCAAUGGGUGAUUGUAAUUUUACCACUGUGCAUCUUGGGAACUUUGAUGCAUGAAUUUAUCUAUCGUGAUGUAUUUUCAUAUCGAAUAGCCCGAAAUACGACGUUCGAGAAUGAAACAGAAAUAGUGGGCACUAGACAAUAUGUCUGGUGUGUAACCGGCUAUUCUCCUUCGGUUCAAAUCUACAAUACAGUCAUUCUAUUCUUUCAUCUUAUUGGUCCGUUCGUUGCCAAUCUUUUCUCGGCUUUGUCAAUUAUUUUAGGAGGUGCGCGACAACGGUCAAAAGCACAAUCGAAUCGAAGUAUGAAAAUGCAUAUUCGUGAACAAAUUAGUGAACAUAGACAACUGCUUAUUAGUCCGAUAGUUUUACUUCUCCUGUCCGUACCUCGUUUAGUCAUUUCAUUACUACCAGGAUGUGUCAAUGCAUCAGAAAAUUUAUGGUUGUAUCUCGGCGCUUAUUUCAUAUCGUUCGUGCCAUCGAUACUUAUCUUUGUGAUCUUUGUUGUCCCAUCUGAGUUAUAUAUGAAAACAUUCAAGGAAUCUAUUACAAAAUGGCGACGACAAAGACAUCAAUGA